AUGUCGAGUGUGUCUAAUCUACUUAAGAAUUCACGAGUGGCACAACUCACGAAGUCGCGAAUCAAGUUGAACUCUGAACAAUUCAGAGUGAAGCAUUUCCCGACGCAUCAAAUCAUUGAGACGAAACCUGCGAUGCUCUCGAGACAAGAAUGGGGUCUAAAGAGUAACAUCCCAAACAAAAUCAAGUCCAAAUAUAUUGUUCUUGAUGAAUUGGAUACGUUGGAGCGUAUGGCUGAAUUCGAACCUAUUGGUGGUACGCAAUGGACUCGUCUUAGAUUCCAAGAGAUGGGUGUAGCUCCCGAGUUCCAACAAGGUCGUAGUAACCCACUAUUUGCAUUUCCAGAUGUAAUUAAAGAGGACUCCAUGACCACCAGUGGAAACCAUGCCUAUGGUAGUGGUAGUAAUGCCAGUAGUGCCAUUGCUGGCGAUGAUCAAUUAAGAGAACUUUGCAACCAACUAGGAGUGAACGAAAACACCAAGAGCAAAGCACUGAGGAAGAAACUACAUACCAUCAAAGAGAACCGUUCUCAAUUUAAGAAAUGGGCAGUCCAGAGUGAUGCCGAAGCACUUUCGCAUAAGAAGUUCAAUGCGGAUGAAUUAAAGAGCGUAGCUCGUGAAUAUUUGAACGAACGGUUCAAUAUGGAUAAUGAGAAUGCGAAGAUCAAGAAUGCACAUAGGUUUGUUGCCACUGGUGGGUUAAGUUAUUCUUUGAAAGGUAGAUUAAGAAACUCUCCUAAUGGAGCUGUGCAGAAGAGUAUUGUACCUGGUAGGCUGACCAACCAUGGUAAACAAGAGAUGAAUACCGCUGCCAUUGGUGGGUUUGUUGCCAAUGUGUCUGGGUAUGAGAAUAAGAGAAACAGCUACAAUAAAGGUGAUUUCAUUAGAGAGUCUGUGUAUCCCUUCCGUAUUGAACAUAUAUCGUUAAACAGUAGAGGACAUGUUCAAAUCAAAGCAAAUGGUAAUAUUAUUAUGAAUCGUUCGGAGCAUGGCUACAGAGGUAGUCGUUUGAUGCAACAACGACAACGUCAACAACAACAACAGCAACAACAACAGCAACAUUUACAAGGACAGAGACAACCACAACAGGAUGCUAGUGAAAAAGCUAGUGAUUUAGUAGAACGUCUGAGAAACAUGAGCAUCAACUGA